GUGUUCCGAGGUGUUUGUGCGAUCUCAUGACACUUAUGGAUUAUAUCGAUCGUCGAUAGGACGAUUGAGUGCAGAAUUUGGUGGUUUUACUGUUGAUUUUGGAUUUUGAAGUUAGGGUGGCGGGAAGGGAGAGAGGAGGCUUGCGGUCACUGACUGGCGGUGCCUGAUUACUGCGGAGGGGAAAGUGCCGGGCUACGAUCAGACGGACUUGGGGACUUUGGCGCUGCUGGAGGAAAAGGUACGGAGUGAGGCUUGGGGGAGCUCAUUGUUUUGGGAUCAAUUUGACGUAAUAGCUGAGCCGGGGAGUCCCGGAGAGAUUUCACGUACAGGUCUCGUGGAUCGGCUGUAAUUUAAUCGGAAAAAGCAAUCAGAUUGGAGUGAUGCCAUACCGGUUAUAAAUCAUCCGGAGGACGCAAUGGGACGGACACGAGUUCCGCUGACCCGUGGAGGAAUGCCAGCGAUUCUACUCAUUCUCUUUACCCUAGUCCUCGCGGUGACAGCUGGGCCGAAUGUCAGAUCGGAAUCUGCAACGGGACCGGCGAACAGUGUUGGUCCAUUGUCAGGAUCAUCGGCGUCUUCAUCAUCAUCAUCGCCAGUAUCAUCGUCAGCAAUUGGCUCGGUAUCUGGUGGUAGUCCAGGAUCAAGUGGUAUAGGCAAUGGUCUUGGUGGCGGUGGUGGUGGUGUUGGUCACUCAGUGAUGAGCACUGGUCCCAAUGGCAAUGGCAGGUGUGAGGACAUAACUAUACCCAUGUGUCGGGGAAUUGGGUACAACCUGACGGCAAUGCCCAACGAGCUGAAUCAUGACACACAGGAGGAAGCGGGACUGGAGGUGCACCAAUUUUGGCCGUUGGUGGAGAUCAAGUGCUCACCGGAUCUCAAGUUCUUCCUGUGCUCCAUGUACACACCCAUCUGUCUUCCGGAGUACAGUAAACCUCUGCCGGCUUGCAGAAGUGUCUGCGAGAGGGCUCGAGCUGGAUGUGCACCAUUGAUGCAGCAGUACGGAUUCUCCUGGCCGGAGAGAAUGGCUUGUGAGCGUCUGCCGAUGCACGGCGAUCCUGAGAAUCUCUGUAUGGAGCAGGACAAUCCUGCUAAUUCUGGUGGUAGCGCUGGUGGUCAUCCAAGUGCACCACCAAUGGCUGCUGCUGUACCACGUCCAACAAGACCAUCAAAGAAUGCACAGCAGCCGCGUUGUAAACCCGGUAAGAACCAAAAAAACUGCCAAAAUCCCCCAGGGGACAGAACAAGGGAGUGCGAGUGCCGAUGCAAAACUCCACUCGUACCGCUGGGGGUAACAAGUGUCAGUGGAAACGACCACGGGGUACUAGGAAACAUGCACGCAAUAGGGGUGCCGAUGUCAGGGGGGAUAGGGCCAAUGAUAAGCAGAGACAUUGCCCUGGGAAACGGAAAUGUCCUCAAGAAUUGCGCCCUACCAUGUCACGGGGCCUUUCUGACCACCGAGGAAAGAGGAUUCGCAGCGGUUUGGCUGGCCCUGUGGAGCGGUCUAUGCGCAGCAAGCACACUCACAACCGUAACCACAUUUCUCAUAGACACACAACGAUUUAAAUAUCCAGAACGGCCAAUUGUCUUUCUCUCCGCCUGUUACUUCGUCGUAUCCCUGGGUUAUCUUGCGAGAAGUGUGAUGGGACACGAGGAGAUAGCCUGCGAUGGGCCAGCUCUGCGAUCUGGGCCACAGGGUCCUGGUGCAUGUGUCACUGUUUUUCUCAUGAUCUAUUUCUUCGGAAUGGCAUCGUCCGUGUGGUGGGUCAUACUCGCAUUCACCUGGUUCCUCGCUGCCGGUCUCAAGUGGGGCAAUGAAGCUAUAGCAUCGUACUCCCAGUACUUUCAUUUGGCCGCUUGGCUAGCACCAACAGCACAAACUGUCUGGGCACUAUUGGCUGGUGGUGUCGAGGGGGAUCCUGUUGCUGGGGUUUGUACAGUUGCACCUGAUGGUGUGCAAACAUUCAUUCUGGUACCACUUCUAGUCUAUCUCCUGUUGGGCACCAGUUUUCUACUCGCUGGUUUUGUCAGCCUCUUCAGGAUAAGAUCGGUCAUCAAACGACAACCGGGUGCCAAAGCUGACAAGUUGGAGAAACUCAUGAUACGCAUUGGUGUCUUUUCCGUUUUGUAUACAGUACCAGCUGGUGCUGUUCUCGGUUGCUAUCUGUAUGAAUCCUCAUUCAGGCUGGAGUGGCUGAGGGGCAUUGCUUGUCAGUGUGAAGCACGCACUAGACCGUACUACUCAGUCCUGAUGCUGAAGUACUUCAUGGCACUGGCUGUUGGUAUCACUUCAGGUGUUUGGAUAUGGAGUGGUAAGACAGUGGAUUCAUGGCGGAGAUUGUGGAGACGUCUCUUUGGUGGUGGUGUUGCUGCUGGUGGUAAUGCUGGAAUGGCUGGUGUUACUGGUGUCAGUGGUAUUGGCAGUGCAAGCAUGAAAGGACGUUCUAUGAUGCCAAGUUAUGCAGCAUCUGGGCCUGGUAGUGCUCUUCUACCUCCCGGUAGCGUUGCCAGUGCAUCGCAACAUCAUCUUCAUCACCAUGUACUGAAACAACCACCUCUUUCGCACGUAUGACGUCACCAGUCGGCGGGAGGCGAUAUGAAUACAGCGGGCUGCGAUAGCCAGCAACAAAAUCAAUCGCAGCACGAGAGGCCAUCGGCUCUCAGCAAUUAUGGACCCAUUUAGCCUUUCGCCUCGGCCUCUAGGAGGCAUACGCCAGCACACACUGCGCCCCAUACACCACAUUCAGCCGCAACUAUCUAUUCGAGGAGAUCAUUGGCAUCGACAACAGGACCAUUGACACCAGCACAUGGUCUAGCACCAGCUUAUACUCAAGCUACUGAUGUCUGAUCUACGAUUGUACCCGUUGUCGGGUGGUAGUGAUAAUGAUAUGUGUGUGAUUACGGAAUUUAACGGAAUGACGAACGUUAACAUAAUGACAAACAAAUACGCCAUUAAUAUUUGCCGAAUAUACGUAUGUAAAACAGGGUUUGGCUUCGUGUCGGCCCAUUCCGUGAGUCAAUGUAGCGGUGAUUAGUUUAUUUUUCUUUGGGUAUCUGUUUAACGUUCCUUCAGUGAUUUUGGAAUCAAAUGUCGGGGAAUCACCGUCCGUGACUGUACAUGAGCCACGUCGUAUUGAGAUACUCUCUGGCUAGUGAGUUUGUGCGAAUGAACGAGUGUUUUUUUUGGAUGAAUGCUCUUACUGGUUGAUCGGCAUUACCGAUUGCCCUCGGUGACUGAUGAAUCUGGCGAUUGGCGAUUACCUGUAGCUGGGAUCUCUCCUUCUUUAUGCAAUCUAUGAUGCGGCUAUGGAGCCUCGGGUGAGGAACUGACUUGGGGAAUAGAGAUGUGGAGGGAAUCAUCACCUUGAUAGGUGUUUUCGUAAUAACGCAAUUCCAAAAGUUUCAAUUAUUUCCCCUUCACUUCCCUGGUCUUUUCCUCGUGUCUGGGGCAUCUCAACUGACUUUUCCUUUUAUACUUUAUACUUGUAUGUCUCAUGGGACUCAAGUGCAUGUCCGUCUAAUGUGUAUUCGUAUUGUCUAUUUAUCUACUAGCCGUUUACGGAUAGGUGUGUACUGAUUAGAGGCUAUCUGCACCGAAUUAUCGGUGAAAUUUAUCGAUUUGUAUCAAAGAUAACAGGGACAGGAUGGUCUUUGGAUAGCGUAAGUGAGAUGUGUAUAGGCUAGAUCAGACAAAUGAAGGUUUAUUAUAAUGUAAAUAUAUAUUCUAGUGAAUAGGCCAUUGUACAUAGGGAACAGAGCAGGUGAAUUUCGUUGUACAGAAUCGAGAGAUUGGCAGGGUCCUGAUGAAAUAGAGAAGGAGGGAUUAUAAGUCAAAUUCACGGAGAGAAAUUUUUUCGGCUCAUUGGCCCCACUAAACCCUAUGCAUGUGACUCUUACCAUGUAUUAGUGCCAGAAUUUUUCGCAGAAAUUUCUCUCCGCGUUGUGAAGACGAUUACUCGAUCGUCGUGUGAGUGAUCUUGACGUGACAAAUUAUCUAGAUCAGAUUGUUUUUUUUACUGCGAGCGAGGAAGAGCAAGUGAAUAUUAUAAUUAUUAUAAUGUAAAGAGAUUAAACUGGUCGUUCUUUCGUACUCACCCAUAGAAUCGUCUAUAGAUGAAGAAAUAUUUAAGACUUCUUGUAUUUCCACUCCUCCCUUUCCACCCUAUCCUCCCCCGCCCAUCCGCCACCCCCUCAGACCUCCGCGAUUGUACUUCGCCGCUGGCAACUUUCUCUGGUGAAUCUGGGGAAGGAAGAGAAAUGUUAAAUGUAUGAGUGGGGAGAACUGAGCCACGUGCACUGUAGAGAAUCAUUACACUAUAUGUAACAUGCGAUUUGUACGUGAUUUAAAGGGUUUACAGACACAAUUGGAUUUUAUUGAAAUCUUUGUAAGUGAAAAACAUUAAACGACAGUCCGAUGUAGUUGUGUAGAUGGAAACAAUUAUUAAAUACAUAAGUACAUAAAUUUAUAAGUCUUACCAGUUAUACCGGUGUAAUAGGGUGAUUGUGAGGUUUUUUUUCAGCCCCCGGGAGGUUUGACAUUGAAUUUUGGAUACCACCAUCUAUUGAUUUUCUGUAAUUACUGACUGAAUUCUCCACUCGUUCAGUGUUAGAAAAAAAUGAAAAUUCACUGCUGUAUGAUUUAAAAAUCCAACGACGGGGGGAAAUUUAAAAAAAAUUCUCAGCAACUACUGAAUCGAUUUUUCAUGUGACACACGAUCGAGAACCAAAAACUGCCUCAAACACUCCAAAUGCAACUGAAAAUCACAAAAAUGCAAUAAAGAUGACCUAUGGCGUGAGAAGUAAAUGUGUAAGAAUAUUUAAUUGUAAGAACGAUGUAAACGCGUGUGGAAUGGAAUAAAAAAAAAGUCACGGAGAGUUGGUCUCACAUAUCACAGUGGAGGAAAUACAAAGAUCAAUGAAAAAUUUAAUAUAAAGGACAAAAUGAGAGUCGGAGAAUGACGAAAAUUUAUGUGUAUUAGUCGAGGGGGAAAAAAGCAUUUUGUAACCGAAUAAAAUUUGUAAGUCACUUGAAACGAAACCUUUUGUCACGAUGAUAAUGUCAAUAAAUGAAAAAUGGAUCGAAAGGAAUGAGGGAAGGGGCGAAAAUUCAGCAUGUCAUCUCGAUUGUUUAAGUGGAACUCUCUGGCUCUCAUUUCCCGUCCCUUCCCCCAUUCCGCCUUUUUUAUGUACUCCAGAUAUUUCUUGUCCUCACUCCCUCGCCCUCCCCCUCUUCUCCCUCACCCCACUCCGCCUGGAAAUUCAUAUUGAACAAAGGGAUAGUCGUAUCUGAGGGGAAUUACGAUUAUCCAUUACCGCGUAUGGUAAUCAAAAUUGUAUACGAUUUUUUAAUACACUUUAUUAUUAUUUAAUUAUGAAAA